CAAAACUGCGACCCGGUUAGGGUGUGGUUUUCGGAAUUUCAGUCCCGUUUAGUGUUAAAAGUGUAUUUAAUAGUGCUGAAAUGGGUUACAGAGGAGUUUUUUUUGCCGUUCUAUUAAUCGGUUCGAGCUACGCCCAAAAUGUUGGAGUUUGCAUCCCAUCAUCAAACACUGGUCUGUGUCAGAAUAUCGAAAGAAAUGGCAGUCCCGCAGUUUGCAGGCUGGUUGAAUCCAGACUCGACUGUGCUUUGAGCCUGGCGCGCGGACAAGCGGAUAUCGGAGUAUUCUCCGAGGAGGAGAUAGUUCUUCUUUCUCACCAGCAGCCAAAUGACAAUCGAGUAAUAGCGACCAUCAGGGACGUGAGUAGGACUGAGCCAUUCGCUUUCGAAGCUGUGGCAGUAGUUCCAGCGACUCAUAUCGGGGGGCUGGCAGGUCUGCGAGGAGGAAGAUACUGCCAUCCUGGCUUCGAUCAGACUGAACAGCGCUGGUCUCCACGCGUCCUGAAAACCUUGGAAAAAGCGGCUGCUCGCACUGACCGCUGCGCUGAUGCCACGACCACUGGUAAAACUGCUGAGGAGAUGGAGGUGGAAACCCUCGCCCAAUUCUUCGGAAAUGCCUGCCGCCCUGGACCUUGGAGCGCCAACGAUACACUCGAUGCUGAUCUUAAGCGCCGUUUCCCAUCACUCUGCUCCCUCUGCGGUGAGAAUGCCACUUGCUCACGAUACACCAUCGACAUGGGCAUCUCUGUUUCCGGAGUCAACAACAACAACAGACACAUCCAGUCGCUGGAGUGUCUUCGCGCAAACAACAGUGACACUGCUGUCGCGUAUGUCGCUUGGCAACAUGUCCGCGAGUUCUUCAAUAUCCGCAGCCCCGAAUUGGCCACAUCGUACGCUUUGCUGUGCGAAGACAACACUCUAAGUGUUCUGACUGCGGAGGUGUUGGCUUCAGCUACUGCACCCUGCUCCCUGGUGAAGCAACCAUGGAGUGUUAUAGUUGCAACUGCUUCACAAGCAGCCACCCUCCAAGCCAGCCUUCAAAGUUGGUGGCCCAACGGCAUCAACCCCGGUGGUAACACCUGGCAGUCUGUCCUGUACAACGCUAUUGUGGGAGGGAGCAAUGCACGCGUGGCCUUCCAGGAAGGCUUGCCCACUCCUCUGGAAUACACACAAGGGAUCCGCAAUUUCACCACAAUCGACGCGUCCACGUCGUGCAUGCCGAUCCACCGCUGGUGCACCAUAUCCCCUCAGGAGCACGCCAAGUGCACGUGGGUUCGCAACGCUGCUUUCACGAUGGGCAUCGAGCCCUACAUCUCCUGCCAACAGCGAGCCACCACUUUCGAGUGCCUCGCGGACAUACGGGACAACGCUGCAGAUUUCAUGGCUACACCCGCCAACUAUGGCUAUCUGUCCAGGCAACACUACAAGCUGUCAUCCGUGAAGCUGGUAGAGAACUCCCACAGUAACCCGAACUCAUUCUCCCGCGUGGCAGCCUUGGUCAAGGCCAGCUCUGUUGAGAGUGGAAACAUCACGCGCUUCGAAAACCUUCGCGGCAAGCGCGCCUGCUUCCCAGAGUUCGGCGGCAUUUCGUACAUGGCGUUUGUGCGCACGGCACACGAGCGCGGCGUGAUCAGUCCCUCGGAGUGCGACUACGCGCGAGCCGUCGGCGAGUUGUUCGACAGCGCGUGCGCACCCGGCGCCUUGGCCAACUCGCAUGCAAUUGCCGAUAGUUCCUUCAACGCUACGAACUUGUGUACUGUGUGCAGACCCAGUGUGGCAGUCGCGGGUGAAAGUUUCACGUGCGCCUACAACUCAACAAACAUGUUCUACGGGAACAACGGUACGAUCCGCUGUCUUGCGGACCCAGCCAAUGACGUCGCCUUUUUAGAAGUGCAGAAUAUUGACCAACACCUCGCCUCAGCUAAUAUCACGACUAGCUCGGUGCGUGUACUCUGUCGUAACAACACUCUCCUUGAUCUCGUCGCCGGGGUAGAGAUCGACCCGAACUGCCUUCUAGCUUUCGUCGUGGACUCCGAGGUCCUUGCCCGAAGAAACGACGCCCUAACCAACAGCCUUAACACUUUAUUAGACACACUUGACUUCUACUUUGGCUACAACACACCACCGAGCGCACAGCUGGUUAACUUGAAGAUAUAUUCCCCCUUCGAUGGCAGGAACGACUUGCUGUUCCUGAACACAGCUAUUGGUUUAACUGAGCCAUCCAGCAUCGCGGCCAAUACACAGGCGAGAAACUAUAAUGAGCUUUUUAGACACUUAGACUCGUGUACAGGGGCCGCGGCGCCAGGGCUCGCAAAUCGCAACUUCUUCUCCAUAAUGACAUUGAUUCUGAUGGGCGUUAUAACGCGAUUCGUAGUUUAUUAAAAUAAAUGUCUCUGUUUU